UGAAGACACCGCCCAGCAACCUGUGGAUCAUGGCCGUUCUGACGCCUCUCUUCCUGUUGAUGGUGGUUAUCGUCAUGGUGUCCUUCAUUAUGUGUAAGAGGAACCGGGUCAUGUUUAAAAGUGGCCCCUUCAGGAACUUCAAAACCCGCUCCAAGACCUCAUAUCGAAGGGAGGGCAGUUACCACCACCAGCCUGUCCAGGGCUUUGACUACGCCAAGAAGCACAUGGGUCGGACUGGGGACGAUGCCAUCUCCGUCACCAAGGAUACGCUGGUGCUGGUGGGGCUGCCUGUACGAGAUGCUCCUCUGUCAAUGUCGCUGGAUAAGAAAGUCCACCAGGAUGGGACCGGCAGCAAGAGGCCUCCGUCUGCUGACAUACACAAAGGAGGGCCGUUGCCAAGCGAGGAGGACGGCUCGGUGUCGAGCAACGGCUCCGCGAAGCUGAACACCAGCAAGAGCUCUUCAGCCCGGAGGACGGCGACCGGCAGCAGCAGCAGGAACGGGAAGGAGAGGAGCACCAAUGACCCCUAUGAAGACCAUUCCAGCUCCCUGCGUCUCAUCACCAUCAAACCAAUGACUGCUCAGCCCACCUACUCCUACCCCUCCUCCUCCUCCCACAGCCAGGACUCUGUGGUCCUCAAUGGGGAGGCGAACCACGCAGGGCUGAAGCAGAAGUCGGACAUCGAGCACUACAGGAACAAGCUGCGGCAGAAGGCCCGGAGGAAAGGCUACGGAGAGUUUUCUCUGUCCGAGACCGGCAGCCACGGCUACAGUCACCGCGACGCCAGGCACAGUCGGCAUGACAACGGGGUCAAGGAGCCACUGACCGCUGAGGAGAAGAGGGCCUCGUUCGCUGGGUGUCAUAAGAGGUACUCCCACCCACGGGAGCCCACCUACUGGAGCCGGCAGUCCCUGAGCUGCCCGAGCCCGGUGGAGACGGAGAUGGACCUGCUGGUGCUGAGAGAGCGAUCCCGGAGGGGAAUCCGCAACAACGGCUACGACGUGAGUACCUGAUCCCUCUGGGG